UCAGUUCGCCGAGAGCCACGCGAGUCGGUGGUGUCGCUGUGGAGAAAGCCGGAAAAAGUCUAGAGAAAUGAAUCGAGGAGCCUGGUUGUGUAUGCUGAUCUGCCUGGCCAUAAGCUGCUGUCUAAGUCAGGCUGCAGUGCAGGAUCAAGCAGCAGCAGCAGUCCAGGGUCAAUCAGCAGCAGCUGCAGCCCAAGAUCAAGCACCAAAUCCCCUGCUGAAACAAUCCCAGAACACCUUCAUCCAAUGGGUUCUGUCACUUUUGCCACAACGACCCGGAAACUCGGAUUCGGAAAAUGCCACUCUGGCCACUUUGAGUAGUAGUUCCAUGAUGCCGGAGGUGGCAUCUACCACCUCAACUACCACCCCAGCGCCAUCUUCCAGUACCACCACAACCAGAAGGGCCACCACACCGGCACCACCCACACUGAAUCCGCCGAGGAAUUGCAGUGACUGUGUCUGUGGAAUAGCCAACAUCCAGAAGAGGAUCGUUGGUGGUCAGGAAACGGAGGUUCAUCAGUAUCCCUGGGUGGCCAUGUUGCUAUAUGGUGGAAGGUUCUACUGUGCCGCCUCCUUGCUCAACGAUCAAUUCCUUUUGACGGCCUCGCAUUGUGUCUCCGGUUUCCGGAAGGAGAGAAUCUCGGUCAGAUUGCUCGAACAUGACCGCAAGAUGUCGCACAUGCAAAAGAUUGACCGCAAGGUGGCCGAGGUGAUCACUCACCCCAAGUACAAUGCCAGGAACUAUGACAACGAUAUUGCUAUCAUCAAAUUGGAUGAGCCAGUGGAGUUCAAUGAGGUACUGCAUCCUGUCUGUAUGCCAACGCCGGGCAGGAGUUUCAAGGGUGAAAAUGGUAUAGUUACGGGUUGGGGAGCACUCAAAGUUGGUGGACCCACUUCGGAUACUCUUCAGGAGGUUCAAGUACCCAUCUUAUCCCAAGAUGAGUGCCGGAAGAGUCGUUAUGGAAAUAAGAUCACGGAUAACAUGUUGUGCGGAGGAUACGAUGAGGGUGGCAAGGACUCGUGCCAGGGUGACAGCGGAGGUCCUUUGCAUAUCGUGGCAAGUGGAACGCGAGAGCAUCAAAUAGCCGGUGUGGUUUCUUGGGGCGAGGGCUGUGCCAAGGCCGGUUAUCCUGGUGUCUAUGCCAGAGUGAAUCGCUAUGGAACCUGGAUCAAGAACCUCACCAAACAGGCUUGCCUCUGCCAGCAGGAGACCAAGAAGAUCAAGUAGCGACCAACUAUCUGUAUCUUUUAAUAGUUAAAUACUCUUGCUUGGGUGGUAAGGAAUCAUGGAGGAGAGUAAGUGCAAGUUUUAGGAUGCUAAAUUGAUAUUAUAUCAGGAUUUUAUAUCUCCCAUUACAAUGUGAUACUUCUCAAGGUGUUGGUAUAAGAAAACACAAUUUAAUUUGGCAUUUUGAAAUAUAAAUUUGCUCUUAUAUCUCCUCAGUUUAGUGUCAAGCAAUAGUACCGAUUGAAAGACAAGUUUUCAUUACAAAAAGCUUGUUAUUUUCCGAAUCACUAAUCCAAUAUCCCAAGAAACAAACUAUUUUCGCAGAAAAUAAAUUUGCAAUUUCUAGGGAUAUAUGUUUCAAGAUAUUUAUAUAAUAUCAGAUAAACCCUGCAAGAGUAUAACCAACUUCGGCCUAGUCGAAGAUCCUAUUCUCAAGCUGUUUUAUAUUUAUUGAUUAA